AGCCAUUGCACCAUCCUUAAUCGUCCUGUAAUCUGAAUUCUUGUAAGUACACCUCUCCCCUGGUUCAUUGAGAUGGGCUGUUGGUUGGUGAGUGGCUGCCUGAGCGAGAUGGAAGCUAUCAAACCGUGCGAUUUGAUGAGGGUGAGAAGGCACGCCUCGCCAUGGAAGGGGAUGGAAGAAGGUUGGGGGCUGCUGACCAGCGCAGCAGCUCCCAGUCUCGCCCAGCCCCGGGGGACUCCAGUAGUGCUGUUGGCAGCCUGAGGCUCCACGAAUGACCAAGCGGCAAACCUGCACAGGUGGUGGUUGUGGACGGACGGAAGAUGCAACCAAAUGCACGACACCAACCGAGCUGACCCCGAAGCGGUAUAGUGCGGAUUGCCCCUCCAGCAACAAUGUUCUCCCGAAGCCUGAGGUCAACAAUAACCCCACCUUGCUCGUCCUUCGCUUCUCGUCCCCUCUUCUCCAUCCCCAAUUGCAACUCCCCUUCUUUCCUCUCUCUUCGUUCUUUCCAUCAAUCAUCCGCAGCCAUGUCCGGAAACACCAAGGCCUACUUCGACAUCCAGUACGCCCCUGUGGGCUCCAGCGCCCCCAAGACCGGCCGGGUCGUCUUCAACCUCUACGAGAAGGACGUCCCCAAGACUGCCCGCAACUUCCGUGAGCUCUGCAAGGCUCCUGAGGGUCAGGGUUACCUGGGCUCUACCUUCCACCGUAUCAUCCCCCAGUUCAUGCUCCAGGGUGGUGACUUCACCCGCCACAACGGUACCGGUGGUCGCUCCAUCUACGGUGAGAAGUUCGCCGAUGAGAACUUCAUCCACAAGCACACCAAGCCCGGUAUCCUCUCCAUGGCCAACGCUGGUCCCAACACCAACGGCUCCCAGUUCUUCAUCACCACCGUUGUCACCUCUUGGCUUGAUGGCAAGCACGUCGUCUUCGGCGAGGUUGCCGAUGAGGAGUCCAUGAAGGUCGUCAAGGAGGUCGAGGCUCUCGGCAGCAGCUCCGGUGCUGUCCGCUCCAACAUCAAGCCUAAGAUCGUUGCCUGCGGUGAGCUUAUCUCGUCAUUUUACUCCUUAAUGUUCCCUGAGCUGCUGAAGGUGGGGGAUGUUACGCCAUGA